AUGGAAAUAGAUGAGUACAGCUUUGAAGCCUGGGGGCUGAAGUUGGAGGAAGUAAAGACGGAUUUAGAUGAGCUAGAAAAGAAUGUAUCCGCUACCCAAUGCGAGCGACAAGCUUGCCACCGUCUAGCAACAGCAUUCCAUGCCGAGCUCCCACGGGAAUUAAGAGACUAUGUGUACAAUCAGAUAAUCGAAGAGCCCAUAUUGUUCCACGUUGAGAACUUACAGCACCGCAAGAACGCGUACGUCGAUCACCUUGAACGUAUAUACAGCCCAUCCUACGUCGGCAAUGAAGUCGCACGCGAGGCAGCAGAGUACUAUUACUCCAUAGUUCACUUCUCCGCCAACUUCAAGGAGAUGGAAAAAACAAUGACAAAAGACGUGUUCAACCUCGGCGUCAAACCGUACGUGUAUAUCCGGACACUGCAUGUGCGCAUCAGAAUCGAUAAGAUGUUCGACAGUCCUAUAAGUCGAGGAAGGGCAAAAAUGAACGGCCGACUCCUUGAGGACGACGCUGUAAGAGAGAGUGUCGUGAAAGAAAAGAGCAAACUCAGUGAUCUGUACCAGAAGCUCGGAGCAGGACUUGCUCUCUUCAUGGGGAAAAGAGAACCCUCGUCAUUGAAGCUUCACGUCGACUUGACGCUGGGCGAACAUCCCCAUUCUGACAUUCAUGGACUAACUCAGGAGGAUAUGGUCACGGCUCUACGAGACUACGAGCGCGGGUUCAUGAAUGUAAUGGAAUCGAUACGGAAGCCUGUACAUGAUAUGAUACAUACUGGCUACAACGUUGAAGUCACGUGGCGUAUGCUGGACGUUGAUGACUACUCCGGGCGCACUUGCUGCGCCGAUGGUGAUUGCGGCGAAAGUGACUGCAACAGUGACGGUGACAGUGACACUAGGAGUGAGGAGGGCUGUGGCUGUUCUGAAUAUGAUGUCUGGGAUGAACAUGAUGUCUGUAGUCUCUAUAAGGAUCGGAAACUGGGCUUGUUUCGCCUCAGUAAAGAGGAAUGGGAAACGGUUCGUACCUUCCUCAAUAUGACACUCACCAUCCACCAGAGUACCACUAAUUCACCCUUUUUUCUGGUAGGAAAAAGCCACACACGCCUGCCUCUACGGUCACUACAACCCUGA